GGUAGAUCGACAUGUAGGUGUGUGAUACGAUAGAUUGUCCAAACGCACAUACAUACACACCGACACACGGAAGGGUACCAACGCAGAGAGAGCAAAGUGGACAACACACACUGUAUGUCUUGUCCUCCUCGGGACAACGAAUGCACAUCGCCGAAGUGCUCACACGACAACCAAUCCCCACCAUCCCAUACAUGUCUCUCACAGCGGAAAAGUGCAAUGCCCCCUUUGUCUACUGAUCCCCAGCUCCCCCCGUCUUGUCUCCUGCUGUCCGCUUGCGAGUGCCCUCCGCCAUGGCGGCCUCUCUCGCGUUACGCUUCCUGUUGGCGCAGGGUUGCGCGUAAUGCGAAUUUCGCCGCGUCGACUCAAAGACGACCUGCGAGUGCGCAGCGCCAAUUGGGAGGGUUUUCUGACGACAGACACAUCAAUCGAUUGAUGAGACGUGAGCACACCAUGCAUGAUUGUGGGCAUCUGUGUGGUUCCUUCCUACUUUGACGAGGCCUGCGUGCAGCCCGUACACAGCAGAGUAGCCCUUGACGUCCUCAAGUGCGUUUAUGGAGCUCCUGCCCCUCUGGAUGCGCGCCGUCCUGGCGCCACUGCCCCUCCUCCCUCCCUUGUCGCCACCUGCAUCGCCCGUCUGUCCCUCUUGAUGUCUGCUGUCUCUCUUUUUACUGGAGUGUCUGUGUGUGGGCGGGGCGGAUUUGCUGCUGGCCUGGUGUGCGGUGGGUGUCUGGAGGGGAGGGGGCCGCAUGGGGCUGUAUGCGGCUGUGGGGAGGGGCGGGAGGGUCUUGCGCCGACAAGACGAAGGCUGGCUUUCCUCUCUGUCUUGUGCUGGGGCGCUGGCUUGGGUGCACCUCCGCUGCUGAAGGUCGAUGUCCACUCUGGUCCACCUUCUCUGGUCGUGCUUCUCGCUCAGACGUCGGCAUUGCUCCUCUACCAGCCUGGCAAGCAAAUAGUGAGCGAGAGACGUGUGACACGUUGGAUUGGACAAGGCCAGCUCAGCUGGCGUUUGGUGGCUCUCUGACCUCUCUCUCUUCUCUUGAGCGUUCCUUUUGUCUUCUUCUUCCUGACGUCUCAGCUCCUCGCGCUCCAUGUCUCUGUCAGUCAACAUUUGGUGGGUGGCGCAAACAUACAUGGCUCGUCUCGUCGUUGAGUGUCUUCCCCUCUGCUCUUGAUUGUGUGUCUCAUCUCACCCACCGUUGGUCUUUGUGUGAAUGGUACUCUUCGAUCUCCCUCUUGAUCCGCUCGUGGUGUUUCCUCCGCCUGUCCUCCUUGUUGCGAAGGAAGUCCUGCCACUCCUCCUCCUUCUCCUGCUGUUCCUGCAGAGCCAGGAUCUUCUCGGCUGCCUUCCUCGCCUUGUACUCCUCCAGCUGAGCAAGCUUCAUCAGUUGCUGCAUCCAAGAGAGAGGUAGGCCAGUGGCGCUGCCUGUUAUGGCUGGUUGAAUGAAUCAUGUCUGUCUCACCUUUUCCUCCUCUUUGGCUUGGCGCAGCUUUGCUUUGAUGACCUGCUCGAGGCUGUUGAGUGCCAACAAGCACUGCAUGCAUAAAAGCAGCAAGCAAGGGAACCACUCGAUAGGGAGUGAGUGACGGCAUUCUUAAAUGCCUUCGUUCUAUUGUUUGUUACCUGAGGAGGCUCCUCCUUCGGCCCGAUUCUGUGCACCUUGAUCUUGCCGCUGCUCGACUGUACCAGCUCAUACCUCCUGGGUAGCGCCUUGAGAUACCCGCCAUCGAGCCGCUCAUCCUGCCUCCCUCUGCCCCGGCCCCUCCUGGCCAUUCUCUCCCUCACUUUGUUCCUCGGCGAAACUCGAUCUUCAAUGGCUCUUGCUGUCGUUGGCUGCUUGCCAACAUCCUCCCACUGCCUCUCGAGGGUCUCUAGCGAUCCCGUGAUGUCCUUGGCAACGGCUGAGGGGCAAGCGGCGAGGGGGUGGCGGUGCUCGUCGGAGAGAGGCACUUCGGUGAGAAACGCCGAUUGAGCCAGGGCGGCUGAGAAGGUCGGCUGGACUGCCUCGGUGCAUAUUGCCGGAGGCAGUCUCGCUUCGGGCUUGUCAGCGUACUCGACCAGCACCCUGCGAAGAGCGGAGCCAACGAUGAGAUCAGUGAGACAUAUUCAUGCGAGAAUCCGACACACCUUUCGUUGAUUUCUUCAUGCUCCGAGAAGGCGCAUGGCCUCGGCAGAGUGCAGAUUGCACAUCGGGGAGGCCAGCGAAAGGGCAUGUCCCGCUGGACCUUCUUGGCCAUCCGACGAAUCUCUGAUGCAAUGAAUCAACCAACACACCAACUCCCAUAUUGAUGCACACACUUGCAAAGUGGGUGUCUCCCUCACCUUCUCUUCUCGCUCGAUCCAGCGAUUGCCUCAACUCAUCCAGACUCUACAAGGACGAACAAAACGUGGUUUUCGUCAAUUCAUUGGGGCUCCCUUGCCGUGUCUAAUACCAGAGUGGAGAACUUCCGCACUGUCGUGCUUGGUGUCUGCCGCUCUGACUCUGUAACGGCAAGAGGAGCAGCGGGUGGCUGCUCACUUCUUUCCUCAGCCGUCACCGGAGCAGGACCGGCAGCGGCUGCGCUCUGCAUCGACACUGCCAGUGGGGUUGGCUGUCCCUCUGCGAGGGUCGGAGUCAACCGUGAGGGAUGGACCAGUUCCUCCUCUUCUUGCUGAACAAUCGACGGGGAAUGCAUCACAUCUUUGUUGAUAGGGGAUGUCUUACGUCGUUGGCAGCUCCGAUCGAGAGGCUUGAGGGUAGGCGUCGGUGAUCGGAGGCCCUCUUGGCUUUUCCACUGGCGCUUCGACGAGCCGCUGCAAAGGGCAUGUCUCGUACAAACCAAAGGCGUGCCAACCUGAUCGAUGUUUACCGUGGAGGUGUUUGCUUCGCUUCUCCUCUUCCUGCGACCGCUGCACCUCAGUGUCAGUCGGUGACGGCUCGCGAUGGCCCUCAAGAGGGAUCGGCACAAAGCCCCGCCGACGGAUGCGCUGAAGGCGCAGACGCAAUCGCCUGAGGCAAGGAGCCGAUCGAGACGCUUCCUUCAGGCGUCAUGGCGUUGAUGUCCUUAAGACUUACUUGAAGUCAUCUCUGAGUCGUUCGUGCAGCUCCAGUGAUGUGCCGCCCUUUCUCCUGAAGAUGGACGAGUCGAUGAGGCUCAUCCCAAGGGCGUCUCUCAGCCGAUUGUUGCCAUCUUCCAAAGCAGCCAGGUACGGCGCCAGACGCAACUCCCCAGCACUGAGAGAGAAAAAAGCAAAGCAGCCGCGUCUUUCUUUUGUCCAAAUGUGAAUCGUGCACUUGCGCUUACCGAGGGCUGCACGUGAGUGUGCGAAGCUGCUCUGCGAAGGUGAGAGCUUUCUGAGUGUCGUCCGCGCUUGCGCGUGCGGGGCUGAGAGUGAUGAUGCCGAUCAUCCGAGAAGUCCCUUCGAAAGAUUCCUGAAGGAUUCGAGUCAAGUGGGAGUCCUCCAUCUGCAUCAAUCAGAGACAUGUCAAAGACAUGUAUAGACAUACACGAUGACGAAUUGCUCCCUGUGUCUGAAUGCCUACGUUCAUGUGUACGUCUCUUCUCGAUCCGGCAGCAUGUGCAGCCACGCAUCGCUCCAGGUGGGAGAUGCCGUCGUUCAGGCGACUCAGCUCUUCGUGCGGAGAAGCACCAGCCUCACUGCAUCCACAUAAGACAGACACCCACACAGGUGUCUCUCAUGAGCAUUCCAUCAUUCAAUUCUGUGUCUCGCUCACAGUGUGAGGUCCCAUUCCUCCGACGUCCCGAGCAUCACGAAGAGUAUGCCGCCUCUGGUCACCUGCCAACGCCAUCUCUCUUCACCAACAUCGUCCACCACACGCGACUGCCGUGCCUUGUCGUUCUCGAUCGACGUCGCCGAGUCCCGCCUGUCUGAGCCCCCUUGCGGUGAGGGCGUCCGCAGAGUGGCAAAUUGGGGCGGCUGAGGUGAGGCGCUUCCCUGCUGCGAAGCACGCUCGCGCUCGACCAAGACCGACAGGUGGAUGCAUGUGUGGGAGCGGGCCGAGAGGAUCUGCCGAUCCCGAUGCCGCUCGCGGCGAUUCGAAUCGCCUGAUGCGGGCAUAUGGAAGCAGAUGAGAUUCCAUUUUUCACUGCAAACCUCUGUUCCAUAUAUUAUUAUUUCACCUUGUUGGAGAAAGGAAUAGGCGUCCUCUGCUUUCUCCACAACCCAGCUCGAUAGCCCCACAUAUUUGCCUCCCACCAGAUAGCUGCUCUGUGACUGGCUGCCGGUGUUGCCGCCGCCACUGGCCUGCUGCGUGAUGAAGGUCCCUUCCUCUGCCUCUUGAAAUGGUGCAAUAGGCUGGCAAGGGGGCGAAGAGGGCACCUGUAAGAGGUCGGUCACCGUCUCGUUGUAUAUCUCAAAAUACGACAAGGAGAGGGUCGCCUUGAAGGAGGAGGGAGACGCAGAUGCAGAUGACUUGAUCAGGUCCAGCAGAGCCCUGAAAAGCGCAAGACGCACGCCAUUUCCUUCCUUCAACAUUUUGAUUGCAUGCUUGUGCGCCCCCCCUCGCGGGAUGCUGACCUGAUAGUGCGAAAGACAAGCCCCUCGCUGUCCUUGGCAGCCCCGCCACCACUGGCAGUGUUGGGCGGCAGCAACGACGCACCCAUGCUCAAUCGCAGAGGCCCUUGGCCCCUCGGCGACGCACGAAAGGUGUCAGCAAGGGGCGAGGGGCUGCGUGAGGGGAUGUGGGAGGACUCGUUGAGCAAUUGCUUCUCGGACGAGGCGUCUCCCACUGACGUGCCGAAGAGUGUGUGUGACUUGCCGCUGCCUGACUGGCCGUAGAUGACGACACUGUGUGAGAAGCCGUUGAGCGUGGGCUCGAGGCAGUCCCGCACACACAUGAAGACCUCCGCAUGGUUCGCACGAGGCCCAAUCACGCCGUCGACCACAUAGCUGAACACAACAUACAAAGCUGUGAACGUACUCGGGGGGACCCUUGUCUGUUCACUCACUCUGGCAUACGUACCGCUGUUUGUUGGCACCUUUGAGGAGGCAAAUCUCGGCAGGUCCUGUGACUUCCACAGCGAGGGAGGCUGACAGGCCCCCGUCCUCCAGUUCGUCCUCUCGCAACGGUCGAAGCCGCACAUACGAACGUGCACGCGACCGAGGGUCAUCCAUCCUUCACAAGGAAGGCGUGUGUGUGGGGUUGUUGGAGGGCUCGAGUGACGAGUUGCA